AUGGCCAACCAGCUCGUCGGCGUCAACGCUGGAUUGCAGCUGGGCCCUCCCAACGGACCGAACGAGCCGCUGCCGCCCAAUCCGAAUGCGAUUGCUUUCCAGAAAAGACCCGCGAUUGACGUCAACGUCCGCCGACCUGGACCUCCGAACUGGCGCGAGACGCACCUGCAGCCCUUCGAGAGGAACUUAUACCACGAGCACUUCAGAACGGCGUGGCGGUCUCCCGAGGCAGCGAAGGAAUACCGAGAGCAAAACGGGAUCACAAUUGUGAGUGGACGCGGUGUUCCAAAGCCAGUGCUACACACUUACGAAGCCAACUUCCCCGUAUGCCUGGUCGAGGCCCUCGAGGCGAACAACUCCACCUCCUCUCCCACACCCGCUCAAGCCCAGUGCUGGCCCGUAGCACUCAAGGGCAGAGAUAUGCUCGCCGUUCUCGGAACCGGAACCGAAAGCAAGAUCCUGGCUUAUAUCCUCCCAGCCAUCGUUCACGUCCUACACCAGCCGCGCCUGGAACACAACCAGGGUUUCCAGGCACUGGUACUGGCUCCAACACCCGAGGAAGCCCGCGAGAUUCAUCGAGUGGUGGGCAAAUUCGAAACGUACACCAGGGUCCGUGCUACGUGCAUCUGCUCCGGCGACCCGAAGGACCGACAACUGAAGGAUCUGAACCGCGGCUUUCAAAUCUGCGUCGCGACGCCCGGUCGUCUCCACACAUUCCUCAAGGAGGAUAAGUUGGACAUCGGCCGGUGCACAUACCUCGUGCUGGACGAAGCGGACCGCAUGGCCGACAUGGGCUUCGAGCAGCAGCUCAUCUCUAUCGCCAGGUACGUCAGGCCCGAUCGGCAGACCAUAAUGUGGAUGUCAAGAAGACCGAGGCACCUCUACCGGCUUGUUGACGCACUGCUGAAGGACUACGUUGAAAUUCACAUCGGUAUGUGUCAGGCCUCGCCAGACCAGAGCGUUGCACACGUAGUCCGCGUUUCCACCGAGUAUGACAAAGAGGCUGGACUUGCCGCAGUCCUUGAGGACAUUCUGGGCGGGCAAGAGGAAGCAGCAGCCAGAAAGGUGAUCGUGUUUGCCGAAACAAAGAAGCGCGUUGACGACCUGGUGCACAAGCUGCGGCUCCGUGACUGGUCAGUCGUCGGUGUCCACGGCGGAACUUCGGAGAGAGCGCGGGAUUGGGCGCUGGCAGCAUUCCGCCGAGGCAAGACGCCCAUCCUGGUGGCGACCGAUUGUGGCCACGCCGGAACUGCCCUCAGAUGGCGAGCGCUUUGUGGUGAAUUACGAUUUCCCGAGUAG